AAAGAGCGCCUUGUUGUGGAAAGGUGCGAGGGAAGGACGAGGAAGCAGAACGUCAAGCGUAAUCGGCUCCGCUUUCAUUUCCCGCGAGGAGGGACGACAAACGCCCGAACCAACUCGUCGACGCUCGCCCUCCCCACAAAUUCAAGCAGUCUCGGUCGGACGGUCUUUUGUCCUCGAGAUGUUCGUACGAAUUUCCCGUGCCUUUUCUCCGUGCACUCUUCGACCAGUUGUCUGUUAGAUGUAUUUUCUCUGUGGUUGUGGAGCGGAGGUUUGAAAUUCCGAAGGCAUCGGCUGUGGGCACCGUGAGGGGGUUGGUGCGUGGUGCAUUUCUUGUAGCGGCCGCAAUCGGAGUUGUUAUUGGAAUCGUUUAUCAGAGGAGGCGCUAAUUUUGAAUUAUUUACAUUAUAUGGGCAACUCUUGUCACCUGGAGGUCUGAUGAAGGUUUAAGACUUUGAAGACAAGAAGAUCGGGUCUGGACUCUCAGGGUUUAGGUUUGUGCUGUUCAAUUGGAGCAGGAAGCAAUUGUGAGAUUGAGAAUUUCCUGUAUGUCGUGGAAUUUUGGAAUUUGAGUAGAGAGUCUCGUCUCUUGUGAAGGUAGGAUUGUAAUUUGAGGAAGGCCUUCUGCUUUCAAGAAAGUGGAUUUCCAAGUUAUCGAAGCUGGAGAGAGCGAAGGAAUUGAUUUGGGGGGAUAGGGGGAGGGAUUUAGAGAGGGAGGAGAUGGAGCAGGUGGCAUGGUUUCUGGCUCUACUCAUGGGCAUGAUAGUGGCGCCAUUGUUGCUGUGGAGUCGAAGGGAGAGAAGACGACGGAGGGAUGUUCCGUCUUCACCAGAAACCCCUGAAGAGAUUCAGGGCGAUGAGAUCGUUCCCUCUGUGCCUUCUGGAAGGAGGGGACGGGUAUCAGGAGGUACAAGUCGCAUGAGAUUGCGAAACGUCUCUGCUGCAUCAUCUGCUUCAUCUUCUACGCCUUCUACUGUUGCAAAUCCUGAUGGAUAUGACGAUGAAGAGGAGGAGGAGGAGAUUGUUGAUGCCUCAUACUAUAAAGCUAAAGCAUCGAAAAAGAAGCUAGAGAAGAAACAAGAAAAAGAAGCACGCAAACAGGCUGAGGUUGCAUCUCGCGAGCUGCGGAAAGAGAAGGUUGAUAAACAUGCAGAGAUGCGUCGUCAGAAAGAUGAAGAGCGUGAAGCAGAAGAACGACGAAAGGAGGAGGAGGCAGCGGAGCAGAAAUUGAGAGAAGAGGAAGCCGCCAAUGCCGAGUUCGAUAAAUGGAAAAAUGCUUUCUCUGUAGACACGGAGGGCACACAAGAACAAGACGUGCAAGAGGAAGGCCAGGGCUUGCUGAAUGACUUUGUAGAGUACAUCAAGAAGCACAAGUGUGUGGGAUUGGAAGAUUUAGCUGCCGAAUUUAACCUGCGAACUCAGGAUUGUAUUAACAGGGUAUUGGCUCUAGAGCAAAUGGGUCGAAUAUCUGGUGUUAUGGACGAUCGAGGCAAAUUUAUCUACAUAUCUCCUGAAGAAAUGAGGGCCGUUGCUGAGUAUAUUAAGAGACUAGGGAGAGUUAGUAUUGCCCAUUUGGCAAGAAAGUCCAACGAGUUUAUAGACUUGGAAUCCAAAAAGUUGGCAUCAGAUUUGCCCAAAGAUACCGAAGCUGAAGAAGUGGAGCAUUUUCUUCCUGGCGCACCAAUAUCCGUGGGCUAGGAAUGGAGUAUAUACCGAGUACGCAAAAUUUUGGAUUUAAGUGUUGUUCCACAAUGGGCUGUACACGACAAAUGAGUUUACAUAUGCAAAGUGAAUCCGAGGCUGAAGAUAAUCGGACCAGGGCUUACCAUGUUUGUCUAUACUCCAAGACCAACGACGGAGGCACGAAGACUCCGCUCCUCAGAUUGGCUUGCAUAGAGUUCUGCUGUUCAUUGCCUAGGUUUUGUUCAGAAGGUGGUUCAUAUUGAAGGUGUCAAUUUGUCUGUUCUUGGGAGGCCUCAUACGCAGCUGAUGGCAAGGCUACUAUGCUGCUUAUCCGGUGUUCGCAAACACAUUAAGCGAUAUGUACCAUUUCGCCAUGAGCAAAAUUUCUAUGCUGAGGAGGUUUUGGUAGGUGUCGAGGUCUCGAAGGGCCUGAGUAAGACCAAUAGAGGAGAAAUGUGCGCUCACGUUUAGACUGUCCUCCACCCAAAAGAGAAACGCGAUGUCAGUAGCUAACGAUAACGCUGGGAUAGACUUAAACCCAAAACCUUCGUUUCCCCACAACUUUAAU